AUGUCGGCGCUUCACCAGCCUUCAUCCAUCGCAAGGAGUCCAAUGAUAAAUCCCAACAGUCACCACUUACCUGCCGCCACCCCUCCCCAGCAGAACCAAUACCUCCCACCACCACCACACCACCAUAUCAGAAAUGAUUCUAGUGGCCUAAAUGGCAGUUCUCAACAUCAUCAUCAACCACCACCACCCGGUCCAGCUACGUUGCCACCUCCUGCUUCACAACAACAACAACAGCCACCACCACAACAACAGCAGCAACAACAACAACAACCACAGCAACAACCACCAUCAUCGGCCCAAGGAAUGACCCAACAGUCAUCUCAGCAAGUCUCAUCUCAACAACAGACGGAAAACCCUUCGUAUGUUGCCAGUAUAAAUGCCAUGGCCGAUACCUGGUUCUCGAUCGCCUCUUGUUUUGAAACUAUGGGCAACGCUGAUCGUGCAGUACAGGCUUAUAACUCUGUCCUCAAAGUCAAUCCUGGCAAUGCUCCAGCUUUGACCAGACUUGGGAAUUUGUACCGCCAUCGUGAUAUGUUCUCCACUGCCGCAGAACUUUAUCAAAAAGCGUUGACCACCGAUAAUUCUAAUGGGGAAACCUGGGGGUUACUUGGUCAUUGCUACUUGAUGUUGGAUGAUUUACAGAGAGCCUACGCUGCGUACCAACAAGCAUUGUAUCAUUUGCAAAAUCCAAAUAUCCCUAAAUUAUGGCACGGAAUUGGGAUCUUAUAUGAUCGUUAUGGAUCUCUUGAAUUCGCAGAGGAGGCGUUUGCUCGUGUUCUUGAACUCGAUCCAAACUUUGAAAAGGCAACAGAAAUUUAUUUCCGACUCGGGAUCAUUUACAAACAACAAAACAAAUGUACCCAAUCGUUGGAUUGUUUCAAAUAUAUUCUCCCAGAUCCUCCAUCACCGUUGACCCAACCAGAUGUGUGGUUCCAAAUCGGAUCUGUUCUUGAACAACAACGUGAUUUCACUGGAGCAAAGGAUGCGUAUGAAAGAGUUCUCCAAUCGAACCCGCGUCAUGCAAAAGUCCUUCAACUUCUCGGCUGUUUGUACUCUCAACAAGCUGCAAAUUUCCACAAUCUUGAUUCAGCCCUUCAACUUCUUAAUCAAUCUCUCGAACUCGACCCAGAAGAUGCUCAUACUUGGUACCAUCUUGGUCGUGUUCAUAUGGCCAAAGGUGAUUAUAAUGAAGCAUAUGAAGCGUUUCAACAUGCCGUCAAUAAAGAUUCCCGUAACCCAACGUUCUGGUGUUCUAUUGGGGUUCUUUAUUAUCAAAUUUCUCAGUAUCGUGAUGCUCUUAAUGCCUACACUCGUGCUAUUAGAUUGAACCCAUAUAUCUCCGAAGUUUGGUAUGAUUUGGGUACGUUGUAUGAAACUUGCAAUGGCCAGUUGACCGAUGCGUUAGAUGCUUACAAUCAUGCGCAAAGCUUAGAUCCAAACAACCCUCACAUCAAGGCCAGAUUGGAGCAAUUACAAAGAUAUCAAAAGGAAGGUGGUACUUCAACCUUGCCACCUCCUUCAUUGGAAAUACGAUUGCCUUCAGGGAUGAUUCCAAAUAGACAAGAUCAAGAAUUCCAACAGCAGAAACCUUUAAGACAAUUGGAAAUGGGGACCACCCCGCUAGCACAACCAGCUCCACAAUCUCAAGCGCCAGCUCUUCCAGCUCCUCCAUCUCAAGAUAGUUAUCCAUCUCAAGUUAAACCCGCUAGCUCUACGAAUAGCUACCGUGAGAAGCCACAGGUGCACACACAAGGCCCUAAUGCAGUUUCUUAUCCUCCUCAUUCCACAUCACAACCUGUUGCAGCACCUCCUAACGCUGUUGCUCCAGCUCCACUACCAGCCCCUGUUCAAGAUCCAGUUAUAACUCCAGCACCAAUAGUAACUCCGGUUCCAAUUUCGGUGGCUCCAAGUAGAGCAUAUCCAGAUAUUUUGAACAAUGGAUCUAAAAGCUCUACACAUAGCCAAUUUUCCGACCAAGCAGCCACAGCCCCAACACAAAUCCUAACAACUGUUAAUAAUGCUUCUAAUUCUGUUGAAAAACCAGUUAAGCAAGAUUUAAAACCUCUUGUACCGGCGAAACGUGAAUCUGAAUUAAAUAAUGGUAGUUCCAAGGAAAAAAUUAGAAAAACACUGUCCAGCAAUGGUGCUAGGAAUAACAUUAUGAAGUCUUCAGAGAUCUCUAAAACUUCUGUCGCCACUACUACUGAAAAAUCAAAUGGGAAUGGUAGCAAUGCCAAUGAAAACCCAGCAGCCUUGGUUGAGCUGAAUAAGGAGACGAAUGAUACUACUACAGUAGCAACUGAAACAGAAAAGGGGGUUGCUGAUAAGGAAGAAGCCGCUACGACGACCCAAAAUUCUGAUUUGAAAUUGCCUGACGCUAAGCCUGUUGAUGAAGAUGAAGACGAAGAAUUGAACGAAGAAGAAAAGGAUGAGAUUAAGGAAAGACAAAUUGAAGAAGAUGAAGAUUAUGAUGAUGAGGAAGAAGAAGAAGAAGAAGAAGAAGAAGAAGAAGAAGAAGAAGAAGAAGAAGAAGAAGAAGAAGAAGAAGAAGAAGAAGAAGAAGAAGAAGAAGAAGAAGAAGAAGAAGAUGAAGAAGAAGAUGAAGAUGAAGAAAAUAAGCCAGCCCUGACAGAAACUCCAAAUAAAACUGAUGAAGUACCAAAGGAUGAUACAGAAAUGAAGGAUGCCAACUCGGAUACGAAUGUGAAUGAAGAAAAGGACAAAGCUGAUAAGAUAGAAGAAGAAAGAAAAAGCAUUAAAAAUGAAGAAUUGGAGCAGAUGGAAGAAGAAAAGAAUACAGAGGAAACUGGUAAAACUGAUGAUGAAUACCAGAAAGAAGUUGAAGGCGCUCCAAAGGAAGAAGUAAAGAUUAAGGAAGAAGCAAAGAUUAAGGAAGAAGCAAAGAAUAAUCAAGAUGAAAAGGACCGCGAUGGUGAUACAAAUAUGAAGGAUUAA